AUGUAUCUUUCCUCGAUCCCUCUGAGACCGUCUUACCUCCCAUUUUGUUACAUUUCAUCCCGUUUUCUCCCCACCGUCCUCCUACAUAGGAACAUCAGAUAUAUUCAUUAUUCCUACAGAAGCAAAAAGCUAGAUACAAAUAUAGAUACAAAGCUACCUCAUGACCUUAAACCACUGCAAGAUCCAAAUGAAAUAAUCAAAACAUUGAAACAAACACAUGGAUUUAGUGAUAUAAAUGAUGCAAGUCCCAUAGAAGAAACAUUCUUACAAUAUUUAACAUUCCUUAAUAAAGGUUUCCAAAAAAGUGAUCAGAAUUUAAGACUCUUAAAGGAAAAUUUAAAAUCAACCGGUAAUAACAAUAAUGAAAAAUUCAAUUUGAUAUUCAGUUAUCUUUUAACUGAGAGUACCUUGGAACUUCAAAGAUUUAAACAAUUGGGACCCGAAGGAUUGAAAUCAAUUAAACAACAACAGCAACAACAAAGUAAUGAUGAGGAUGAAAAUAGUGUAGUGAAAAAUGAAAAGGAUUUAGAAUUACGUAUAAUGAAUGAGAUAUUUAGUACUUUGACAGAAAAGAACAAAGAAAAUGAAGUAUAUCUUCAUAAUGUCGAUUUCCUUUUCAAAAUUUUAACUGAAUUGAACUCAACGAUAACGGAAGAUAAGGGGUUUGAGCAUGGAUUAUCCAUUGAACAAUUUGUCGAAGCUUUUGAAAUUUCAAAAUUGAUCCCUAUUGAAGGUAGAAAAUCAAGAGGCAUUUUCUUGUCAGGUAAUUUGAUUUAUUCCACUAAAAAGGUUAGAAUGGAUCCAAUUAACGAAUCGUUAUAUAUAGAUUCAUUGUUGAAAUAUAGGUUAUUUAAAAAGGCCUUCCAAUUAUAUGAUUCAAGGAAAGAUAAAGUAAAUGAACGGUGGUGGAAUGAACUGGGGAUGAUGAUAUUAUUACGUUCGAAUCAUUUGGCUUCUUUUAAGUCGCUUUUACAAACGACUGAUGAACAAUUUAAUGUGUUUCCUUAUUUAAGCCCUCGAGUAUUAAAAUUAGCAAUACGGAAAUAUUUGGCUAUAAAUGAUCACUCGAUGUUAAAACAACUAAUAGAUAGAUUCUUACUGAUCGUAGACACCUACGGUAUUGAAAAAAGCAACAGUUACAUGGAAUCAUCUGCUCUAAUGAAAACUUUUCAAGAAGAAAAUGAAGCAUCAGCAUAUUUAAACGAACAAGAAUCUUAUACAACUUUAGAUUUUGCUUCAAUAAUUGAAAGUUUACUUUAUAAUAAGCGAAUAAACUUUGCAUCGAAAUUAAGUUCAAGAUUCGUUGAAUUACCGCAAGUAAUUAAUAAUGACGAUCAUCUAAAAGAGUUUCUAACAGUAACUAAAUUGAAUUUAUUGAAGGAUUUUCACAGCUUAAAAACAUUCAUUGAACCACAUAUGUCCAACGCUAAAAGGAAUCUGGGAACUUUGCAAGAGGUUUUCAAUGAUAUAAUCAAAGGAUCUAGAAAUGAGUCAUCUCCAGGGAACGAAUUAUUAUUCGAUAAUAUAAACUCUUUAGUAUCCACUCCUUUAUUAACCAAUUUGGCACACGAAUUCAUAUAUAAUGAAAUAGCAUCAACAUCAACACGAAAUCAAGAUGAAGACCCAAUGACAAAUUCUAAAAGAUUUUAUGGGCUUAUAAAAGUUCUACUUGUAUCAGGGAAAGAAAAGACAGCUUUAAAAGUAUUACGGAAAAUGGAAGAAGCACGUCAACUUAUGAACAAAAAGGAGGGGAAUGAAACAGCCAAUGAAUUUUACCCCGAAGUUAACGCUCAUCAUUAUGCUGAAUUUAUUGCACACUAUACUAUCCUUCUAAAAGCUUCUAAGAUUAAUAAUGCAUCCAAAUUGAAAAUAUAUGAACACAAAGUGGAAAAUAUUCUCAAUAAGAUGAGUAAAGAAAAUAUAGGGAUGAAUGCAACAUUCUUAUCAAAAUUGUUGAUAUUUUAUAGAACUACUUUCAAUCUUAAUAAAUCUUUUGAAAUCAUUAAUCAAAUUCUCGAUUCUAAAGAUAUUGAACAAAGAUUACCCGAUGUUUCAAGAACAAAUUUCUAUCAAAGUAGAACAAUAACUAAGAAAUUAUAUUUGGAAAUUUGGAACUGCUAUUACCUUUAUAAUAAGAUUUUCCACGAUGAAAUCGGUAGAAUUAAAAAGACUUCAAAUUAUGUGGCCUGGAAAAAUCAUUCUAAAAAGAUCAAAAUGGAAACAAAUAUCCAUCCCAAAUUCAAUUCUAGAUGGCUUCUUAAGACAAUGUUAGAACAAGAUAAUAUCCUUCCCGAUGAUAAAUUCUUCCAUUUGAUUAUCGCAACUUUUAUCAGAGAAAGAUGCUGGACCGUAUUGCCAAGUGUAUUGAUACUUAUGAACAAACGUUAUAAUAUCAAAAUUACCACAUCCUUAGGUCAGUAUAUCAAUCAAGGUAUUAAAAAAGAAUAUAUUCUUUCUGAAACAGAUAAACUGAACCAACACCAUCAAUAUAUAGAAGGCACAACCAAUAUUAUUAGUACAGAUGAUAACAAAUUUAAAGCAAAACAAACGAUCACUAAAAUGGUUAACAAUGGAGAAAUUUUGAAGAAAGUUCCAAUCGGAGAAAGUCUUGAGCUAUUAGUAUGUGAACUAUUAAAACUAUUACAAUUCAAAAAUCACAAUAGUUCGCCAUUGAAUGAGGUGCUAGAAGUGGCUAACGAAUUAGCGGUUGAUAACGUCAUUAUACAAAACAUUAUCGACAAGAUAAAACACUAG